AUGAAGCUCUCUCCGAUCCUCGGAUUCGUGUUUUUUUCAGCUCUUGAUGCUCUUGCGCAGGGUGGAGAUGGACUCGCGGGUACGGUAGUGCCCACGUCAACCAUCCAACCGUCCACGAGGUCGCUACUAGACACUGCGGUCGGCACUGCAGUCCCUGUAGCGUCGUCAGGCGACAAUCAGAAUAGUGAUGGGGACAAGAAGGUGAUUAUAGCCUUGUCCAUUCUUGUCUCCUUCCUCGGAUUACUCGUGCUCGUGGGAGCAUUCUUCAUCUACAAGCGCUAUAAAGCCCGUCGCGCUGCUGCUGCUGUCCCCAAUAAUCAGUCUGCGUGGGUGAACCGCCCCGAGGGAUGGGCAAGAGACGACGGGGACGCAGAGACAGUUGUUGCUCCCCCUCAACAGGCAUGGGAAGCUCCUUUGAUUGAUGAGAAGAAGAAGGUGGGGAAGUAA